CUCCGUGCCAUCUUGUACGAGAAAGACAAAGCAGCCGCACUGAACCGAAUUGCAAACUUCCGAGACAAAUGGUCGAACUACGAAGAGCUCCUCGUAUUUAUGGACAAGAACUACUUUGGCAAAAACAUGGCUGAAGCCGAAGACAAGCAGAAACAUUGGAUGAUCUGCUACCGUCAAGACGUGUCCUAUUCAAGCAUUGAUACGAACAACUACAUUGAGUCCUGGCACAAUACUCUGAAGCGCCAUUUCUUUCGAGACAAGCAACAGCGGAGAGUGGACACCGUCAUUUACGUUCUUGCAGUCAUGGCUGUCCCACACUUCCAGCAAAAGUGCAUGCGGUCGGCUGUCAACGUUGGCCGAAUGAAUCCUGCGCAGAAAAAGGAA